AUGACUCAGUUACCUGAUACAGCACUAGUAGUUGUAAUACUUACGUUUGGUGCUUCAGUGUAUCUUCUUUUAUCCUUGAUAAUUCCUAACUCACAAGUGCCAUUGUUAGUGUCUAUAUUUUUGGGAACUAAUAUGUUUUCAAGAUCCAAACUAUUCCACAAAUUAGUCGAAAAUGUCACUUCAAGACGAAGAAAAAAUGGAUUCACUAAUAUAUUAGGGUCGUCAACGAAAGAGAACUAUCAAAAGUACGAAGCUUUGAGCCGAAAUAUGAAGAUCGAACUCUUGACUGCAAUCAAAUCCAUGGACGACUAUAAGAGUAAUUGCGAGAGUAUUAACAACAGGAGAAGGUCCCUUUUUAGAAAAAUGAGUUGGAGCCAAAAAAAGCUAGCCGAAAGUAUCGGAUAUUUGAAGAAGUUGAAUAUAAUUGACGAGAGCAUUUCGAAAAACCAAGAAAUAUUGGAUGAGGUUGUUAAAGCUUCCAUCGGAGCCUAUAGCUUAUCAAUAGAAGACUUCAAUAUUCUACAAAAUCAAAGAACGGCAUCAUCUACAAACUAUAGAGUAAUAGAAGCAUUAGGUCAUAUAUAUCGAGAUUGGACGCCAAUUGGAUUCCAAGAGCAGGUUCCUCUUUUGAAAUAUAUCAAGCAUUACCUUAAAGAAUUUAUCACCGAGGACGAGAAACUGGAAACUGCAAUUAUAAUACCAGGUUCUGGUUUAGGAAGAAUUGCACAUGAGUUGGCAUUGUUGAACUUCUCUUCAAUUCAUGCAAUUGAAUACAGUGGGUUAAUGUAUAACUUCAACCAGUUCAUUUAUUUAAAUAAUGAAAGAAGAUACGAAUUCUUUCCUUUCAAUCACUCGUGCUCAAACUUCUACACUACUGGUUCUCAGUUUAGAAAGUACGAUAUACGGCUUGAUAUUGCAAAGCCGAAGUUUUUGCAUCACCAUCAUGAGGACUUUUUAAACUUUUCGUUACCUAAAAAGGAGAAAAACGUCGUUAUAAUUACUGCUUUCUUCAUCGAUACGGCAGAAAAUUUAUUAGAUUACUUGGACAAAAUACUGAAAUUAACGGGCAAAGUGAACACAUACUGGAUAAAUGUGGGACCUUUAAAGUAUGGGAGUGCUGCUCAAGUUGAAUUUAGUGCUGAGGAAUUAACGAAAAUUAGAAAGAAAAUGGGAUGGACUGAUAUAAACCUGACUUGUAGCUUGGACAAUAAGGAUGAGCCGUUAGUGAGUUACAUCACAGACAAAGAAAGUAUGUGGCAAGGCUACUAUGGUUUAUCUAUGUGGGCAUCUAAAAAAAAAUAA